AUGGAGCUGGCGGAACAGAUUGACGAUUCGACAUUCUGCACAAUGAAUGAUGAAGCCCCCACCAGAGUUAUGAGCAUAUGUAAUAGCUCGCCCGAUAUUGCCAUUGCUAGUGGUGGUCAGAUAAAUAGCAUAACCUGGCGACCUAUGCUAACUCUCGCAUCAGACCAUCUGCCCAUAAUUAUCUCGAUCGAGAAGCCUCCCGAUUUUGUUUCUGUGGACAACCGCACCUUGAUCAACUUUAACAAAGCAAACAGGGUCGACUUCACGGGAUUUACUGAGAGCACCUUCAACGCUCUACCCAUUCCUUCGGACGUAUCCGUUGGCGAACGUCAAUUCCGCAAGGUGAUCGUAGCAGCUACCGCUCGCUUCAUCCUGGCAGGAAGAAUAGCAGCACUCCGCUCCAAUUUCCCAGCCGAAGCAGACCGCGACACCUUACGCCAUGCUAAUCCCGGGAAACCCCGAGUAAGGGAUCUCAAUUUGAAGAUUUGGUGA